GACACUGUCCAUUUCUUCACAACUCAACUCAACAAGCUCAUCAUUUCUUAACCUUUAUCCAAAUCUCCAAUAUUAUAGAUUACAAUUAUAUAUAUCUAAAAGUUUAAGUACUGAAUAUGGUUUCUUCUUCCGCCUCCAUGAUUCUUUUCAUUUGUUUCAUUGCAAGUGCCAUGACUUGCUCUGUUUUUGCUACUGAUAACAAUCCUCUUCAGGAUUUCUGCGUUGCUGAUGCUAAUAACCCAGUGGUGGUUAAUGGACUAGUUUGCAAGGACCCCAAGGUGGUCACUGAAAACGACUUCUUUACCAAUGGAUUGAACGUAGCGGGUGACACUUCAUCAAAUCUAGUCGGUUCAAAUGUAACAACAGUUAAUGCUGCUCGGAUUCCUGGACUCAACACCCUUGGCAUUACUCUUGUUCGUAUCGACUUUGCACCAUGGGGAAUCAAUGCUCCACACACCCAUCCUCGUGCUACUGAAAUUUUGACAGUCAUUCAAGGUACAUUGAGGGUUGGAUUUGUCACUUCGAACACAGAAAACCGUCAUAUCACCAAAGUCCUUAACGUAGGUGAUGUGUUUGUGUUCCCGCAAGGACUUAUCCAUUACCAACAGAAUAUCGGAUAUGGGAAUGCAGUAGCAAUUGCUGGCCUUAACAGCCAAAACCCUGGAGUUAUCACCAUUGCCAAUGCUGUGUUUGGCGCCAAUCAAGAUAUAUCCGCUGACAUUCUUGCCAAGGCUUUCCAGCUAAACAAAAACACAGUCAAAGACUUGCAGAAGCUAUUUGAUUAAGAUGAUUAACGUAAUUUACUGAAUAAAAUUGUGGCUGUUCAGCCGCAGUUUAAUUAUUUCUCAUUGUUAUUUGACAUUGUUGCUUUUAAACUUUGUAUUUUGUUGCUUUGUAUCAAGCUUGAAUAAAAACUCAGCUGUCUGAGGUUGUUUUAAUAUAUGAGCCGAUCU